CGUGGGUAGGAGGCGAAGAGGAAGGAGGGAGGAGGAAGGAUGGGCGGCCUCGGCGUAGCCGCAGGGAGGUGACCGAAGCGAGCCCAGCCCCUUGCAUCCUCCCCCUGAGAACCUCCCUCCCCUAUUUUUCCGCCUUCUGCCAGCAGUAGCCGCAGCCGCCGCAGCACCUGAGCCGCUGCUGCCGUCGCCCAGGACGUCGCUAUGGCAGAGCCGAGGCGCAGCCUCCAUCCCUCUGCCGGGGGCACCGGGAGAACCGAGCGGCGCACGCUCCGGCUCCUGCGGCUGCUGCUCUGGGUUGGCACCGCCGUCCAGGUGACCCGGGGAGCGGGCCCGGAGCUUCACGCCUGCAAGGAGUCUGAGUACCACUACGAAUACACGGCGUGCGACAGCACGGGAUCCAGGUGGAGGGUCGCUGUACCACACACCCCGGGCCUGUGCACCAGCCUCCCCGACCCUGUCAAGGGCACUGAGUGCUCCUUCUCCUGCAGAGCUGGGGAGUUUCUGGACAUGAAGGACCAGUCCUGUAAGCCUUGCGCUGAGGGCCGCUACUCCCUCGGCACAGGCAUCCGGUUCGACGAGUGGGAUGAGCUGCCCCAUGGCUUUGCCAGCCUCUCAACUAACAUGGAGAUUGAGGACAGCACCACUGAGUCCAUGGAGAACUGCACUGCGUCCAAGUGGGUUCCCCUGGGUGACUACAUCUCUUCCAACACGGACGAAUGCACAGCCACGCUGAUGUACGCUGUCAACCUGAAGCAGUCUGGCACUGUCAACUUCGAAUACUAUUACCCAGACUCCAGCAUCAUCUUUGAGUUUUUUGUUCAGAAUGACCAGUGCCAGCCUAAUGUAGAUGACUCCAGGUGGAUGAAAACCACAGAGAAAGGAUGGGAAUUCCACAGUGUCGAGCUAAACCGAGGCAAUAAUGUCCUCUAUUGGAGAACCACAGCCUUCUCAGUGGGGUCCAAAGUCUCCAAGCCUGUGCUGGUGAGAAACAUCGCCAUCACAGGGGUGGCCUACACUUCAGAAUGCUUCCCCUGCAAACCUGGCACAUAUGCAGACAAGCAGGGCUCUUCUUUUUGCGAACUUUGCCCAGCCAACUCUUAUUCAAACAAGGGAGAAACUUCUUGCCACCCGUGUGACCCUGACAAAUACUCAGAAAAGGGAUCCUCUUCCUGCAAAGUGCGCCCAGCCUGCACGGACAAAGAUUACUUCUAUACUCACACAGCUUGUGAUGCCAACGGAGAGACACAGCUCAUGUACAAAUGGGCCCAGCCGAAAAUCUGUGGUGAGGAUCUCGAGGGGGCUGUGAAGCUGCCUGCCUCUGGCGUGAAGACCCGCUGCCCACCCUGCAACCCAGGCUUUUUCAAAACCAACAACAGCACCUGCGAGCCCUGCCCUUAUGGCUCUUACUCCAACGGCUCUGAUUGCAGCCACUGCCCAGCUGGGACUGAGCCGGCCGUGGGAUUUGAAUACAAAUGGUGGAACACGCUGCCCUCAAACAUGGAAACCACCGUUCUCAGUGGGAUCAACUUUGAGUACAAGGGCAUGACUGGCUGGGAGGUGGCUGGUGAUCACAUUUACACGGCUGUUGGAGCCUCAGACAAUGACUUCAUGAUUCUCACUCUGGUUGUGCCAGGAUUCAGACCUCCACAGUCGGUGAUGGCAGACACAGAGAAUAAAGAGGUGGCCAGGAUCACAUUUGUCUUUGAGACCAUCUGUUCUGUGAACUGUGAGCUCUACUUCAUGGUGGGUGUGAAUUCUAGGACCAACACUCCCGUGGAGACAUGGAAAGGUUCCAAAGGCAAACAGUCCUACACCUAUAUCAUCGAGGAGAAUGCUACCAUGAGCUUCACCUGGGCCUUCCAGAGGACCACUUUUCAUGAGACAGGCAGGAAGUACACCAAUGACGUCGCCAAAAUCUACUCCAUCAAUGUCACCAACGUCAUGGACGGGGUGGCCUCCUACUGCCGUCCCUGUGCCCUAGAAGCUUCUGACAUGGGCUCCUCCUGCACCUCUUGUCCUGCUGGCUUUUACAUUGAUCGGGAUUCAGGAACCUGCCAUUCCUGCCCCCCUAACACAAUCUUGAAAGCCCACCAGCCUUACGGCAUUCAGGCCUGCAUACCCUGUGGUCCAGGGACCAAGAGCAACAAGGUGCCAGCAUUGUGUCAUGCAUCUUCACCUUGCUCCUUUGGAUGGCCCACCUCAGAGGGUGUCAGGACCUGGGUGGGGUUCUUGAGGGGCCAUACCCAAGCCUGCUCUGUAGCUUACUCCCUGAUCCACUCUCUGUGCUACAAUGACUGCACCUUCUCAAUCGGCACCCCCACCAGGGUUCUGGACUACAACUUCUUGGCUUUGGCAAACACCGUCUCUCUGGCCGGAGGGCCAAGCUUCACUUCCAAAGGGCUGAAAUAUUUCCAUCACUUUACCCUCAGUCUGUGUGGAAACCAGGGUAAGAAAAUGUCCGUGUGUGCAGACAAUGUCACUGACCUCCGGAUUCCUGAGGGUGAGUCGGGUUUCUCCAAAUCCAUCACAGCUUACGUCUGCCAGGCGGUCAUCAUCCCCCCAGAGGUGACAGGCUACAAGGCUGGAGUGUCCUCGCAGCCUGUCAGCCUCGCCGACCGACUUAUUGGGGUGACAACAGAUAUGACUCUGGAUGGAAUCACCUCCCCAGCUGAACUUUUCCACCCGGAGUCCUUGGGAAUACCGGACGUGAUCUUCUUUUAUAGGUCCAACGAUGUGACCCAGUCCUGUAGUUUUGGGAGGUCAACCACCAUCCGUGUCAGAUGCAGUCCACUGAAACCCGCCCCUGGAAGUCUGUCACUGCCAAGCACAUGCUCCGAUGGGACCUGUGAUGGCUGUAACUUCCACUUCCUGUGGGAGAGCCUGGCUGCUUGUCCGCUCUGUUCCCCUGCUGACUACCACGCUAUCGUCAGCAGCUGCGUGGCUGGGAUCCAGAAGACUACUUAUGUGUGGCGAGAACCAAAGCUAUGCGUGGGUGGCAUCUCCCUGCCUGAACAGAGAGUCACCAUCUGCAAAACGAUCGAUUUCUGGCUGAAAGUGGGCAUCUCUGCAGGCACCUGUACUGCCAUCCUGCUCACCGUCUUGACCUGUUACUUUUGGAAAAAGAAUCAAAAACUGGAGUACAAGUACUCUAAGCUGGUGAUGAACGCUACGCUCAAGGACUGUGACCUGCCAGCAGCUGACAGCUGUGCCAUCAUGGAAGGCGAGGAUGUGGAGGAUGACCUCAUCUUUACCAGCAAGAAGUCACUCUUUGGGAAGAUCAAAUCAUUUACCUCCAAGUUGAUGGACUGUUUGGGCCUUUUAACUUCCAGAAGGAGUAUUGAACCAUCCACGUUGACCAAGAAGAAUAGAGGGUAUCUUAUGUCUGUUUCCACAAAGCUACUGGAAGCAGGAAUUCCAGGACUCCUGAUGGAUUUGACUCCGUGCCACUGAAGACAUCCUCAGGAGGCCCAGACAUGGACCUGUGAGAGGCACUGUCCUGCCUCCCCUGCCUCCUCACCUGGGCACGUCACCUUGCAAGCCUGUGGCAAUUUGGGUGCCAGCUUCCUGCUGGAAAUCUCUUCAUUGUGGCCUUAUCAGAAGAAGUUUGAAUUUCAGAUAUUAGGUUUUUUAUAGAAUACCCAAGCCCUCCUUUCUGCUUGCCUCAAACCUGUCAAAUAUACCCACACUUUGUAUAUUACUCCCUUGCUUGCAUCUUGUUUCCCAAAAUGGUCCAGCCGCCAGAGUCAUAGCUUCAUCUGCUCAUAACUCUUAUAGCUCUGGAAUGAAAAUAGUUCUCUCUUCUUAAAUAUAGAAACAACUUCCUCUGUCCCCUUAUUUAAGGGCAGAAGCAGCUGGAGGUUUGUCCGAUGAUAUGCCCUUCAGCUCAUGAUCUCUUGAGGAGAGAGGCUGGGUAAGGAGGGUGUUGGCGUUCCCUCCUGGACCAUCAUGGUAGCCUGGAUUCGUCUCUCCUGGAUAACCAGCUCACAUUGAAUUUCGUGCACAUAGGCUGAGGGCAAGGUGAGUAAGGCCUGGGGAAGAAAAGGCUCGAUAAGCACAAAGAGAGGCAAGAAGGAAAGUUUUAUUUGUUUUAUUUUUAAAACUAGGUACUUUACUCCCUUUUUCUCAGUAAGCAAUAAAUAUUCUCACAGGAGCCAAAGGAAAAAGUGCACCAAGAAAAUACCGAAAGCCCUGGUGGAUCUAGUCUCCCAACACACACUUUUUUUUUUUUUUUUUUUUUAACAUCCCACCAUCUCCCUAGGACACUAAAGACAGCCAGGUAAGCCCCAAACACAGAUGUUCUAGCUUUCUUCUCUGCUUGCUUUGACCCACAGAGAUGACAAACCUUACCAGUAAGGAAAAUUUCCUGUCCUUGAGGGCCCCAUUCAUAGAGAUUUGAGCCUUAUCAUUGGAACAGGGGUAUCUUAUUUUGAAAGAACAUAAGGAAGCCAAGGUUUUAACGGGGCUGUCUUGGAGGAUCCGGCCCACAACGGGAAGGACCCGAGGUGGCUAGGAUGUCUGCUUCUAAGCUUAACCAUCUGCUCAGCUGCAGAAUAAACAUUUUCUAGGCUGGCCAAAAAAGGGAAUUGACUCCCAGCCUAUACCUGAGCCAGAGGACCAGAUCAGUCUUCAUGGAGGAAAGACUAGAGGAAUUGAACAAGAUAUUUGGCAAACUGGUACAUGUCAUGCUUUCAAGCCCCUAACCUUCUCUGUUUCCUGUUCCCAUUUCUUCUGUGUGCUAAAAAAACUAAAAAGACUUCUAGUCCCAAUUUCUGGCAGCAUCCUUUCUUAAAGGUGAGUAAAGUGAGUGUCCUCUGUGCCUCUUUUCUCCACUUUUAUACCCAGUAUAGUUGAUGGACUUCAAGUAACUACAAUGGCAAAAUCAGUGCAAGAGUUUAAAAUUCCCAUUUUCUUUUUACUACUGGUGAUCCUCCCUCCCAUGUUGUCAGGCUGGCAUGCCCAUCCCUUGGUCAAGGGUCCAGUUAUCCUUGGCUGUGCCUAUCUCCUUUUCUGAGUGGCCACCUGGUGCCCACAGUGUAGGUAUAGCAUGGGAUGGCAAUUCAGGGUGGUUUGUCUGCCAUAAAAAGGGUCUGCUAAAAAAAAAAAAAAAAAAGGGUCUGCUGUUCUGAUGAGGCAUGGCUGCCCUGGCAGUGGCCUUAGAAAAGGGUCAGUGAGAACCGGGCCCUGCUGUGACCUCUGGUCAUCAGUAGCAUCACUGAAGGCAGGCAGUCCCAUUGGUUCAAUAAAUCUAGAAGCUUUGGGGGGUAUCCUCCUCUCGUGGGAGUCAGGCUCUCAGAUCCUGUAGCGAUAUUGGAAUUUCUCCCAAUGGAUGCAGAUACCUAGCUCCUGAACUCUAGUGUAAAGUUUUCUGUAGCUUCAGCAACACCCAGAAAGCAUCUCCUUUCCCACUGAAUAAAUUUAUUUGGUGACAAGAGCCAUACAAGGUCCUUAGAUGACUCUGGAAGCAGUAGAAAAAAGUAUAUACCCUCUUGACUUCUUUAUCCUGACAUCUUGAAACUGAGUGCCCCCAGACUGACCUCAGACUCCACUGAUUUAGGCAUAAUGCUUUAACCAUCUCCCUUUUGCUAUCCCUUAGUGUACCGACUUCUACAGAUCUUCCCUAUGUCCUGCCAGGAGCUCCUGAGUUAUAAUAUUGGAAUCACCUGUUCCUUAGACAUAUUUUAUAUUUUUAACAGCCCUAUUGAGAUAUAAUUCACAUACCAUACAAUUGGCUCAUUGAAAAUGUACAAUUCAAUGGAUUUUAGUAUAUUCACAGAAUUGUGCAGCAAUCACCAUAAUCAAUUUUAGAACAGACACAUGUUAGAUUUUAUAUGGGAAAAGCCUUUCUCUCUUAAACCAAGACUAUAAUGGUUUGCACAGGGGGAGAUAAAAUACUUAAAUCCCAUUUGGUUACCUAGAGUGGAAGGCAUAAGUAAUUCUCAUGUAAGCAUCACCUGAUUUGGCUGGGAAGACAAAUGAGCAUUUUGGUAUAUUCAAGGACUGGGCGAUUUCUUAUACCAACACAUUUUUUUUUGGUCUGACUCUACAUUAAAGAUAAGACUGACUAUAUUUAUACAAUAGAGACUUUGUAACGGAUUUUUCAGCUUUGUGAAACCAAAUUUUCAUCUCAUCAAGACUGCUUGGAUUUCCUUUUUAUUUUGUAUUCCAAGAGUUUGUAGUUUGUUAGGGGAUGGCUAUGGCUUGUCACAUUUUUCCCCUUUUCUUUUUUUGUCAAAUAAAAACAUAUGUUUCAA